GUGGCUGCACAGCAGUUUGCUAUGACAACAAGAUGGCUUCCAAGAGUGACUGCUUCUGCGUAGUGUUGUGCAACGAGGACAGAAGACAGUUUCCUGGGCUAUCAUCGUGCUUGAACCACGCUCUAACAAAUGGGUUGGGUAUCAGACAGGUGCUAGUAGAGGAGCCAAUCAUAAGGGAGCUCUGUGACCAGGCAGGGGACCAACCACCACCUGCAACACAGCUAGGAGAGGAGGCUGAUUACUUCCGUCCUAGCUCCACUCAGAGCUCCAGUGCUAAUCGAUCAACUUCUUCUAGACAGCUACAGCUAGUCAAUACCAGUGAUCAUCAGGGCCCAGAGCUUCACCUACAGUAUACAUGUGUUCACGGUUUACCUGAGGCCCUCCAGCUGGUGUUGAGCAACUCUCCAAGCAUUGACCUCAACUCACCUAUUGGGCAAUCAGCAACUAACGAGGAGGGGCUCACCCCUCUCUCGUGGACGGCACUCAACAAUGGGAGCGUGGCUAAGCCGCUAAUCAGUGGAGGGGCAGGUCUGGAUGUGAGGGAUGGUCUGGGUCGUACUGCACUACAUUGGGCUGUAGUGGGGGGACGCUCAGCCUCUGUCAAGACUCUGCUUAAACUGGGGGCAGACUACUCUAUAGCUGAUGACAAGGGCCUCACACCACUCCACUAUGCCUGUGUGUUGGGCCUUCGUGAUAUGGUGACUUCCUUAUUGAAAGAGAGUACCACUCAAGUCAACGUGCUCCACCAGCCCACUGGCUCCACUCCUCUCAUGCUAGCAUGCCUCCAAGGGCACAGUACUGUUGUAAAAUUACUGCUCAAGAGUCGAGCUAGUCCCCUGGCCACUAACAAGCAGGGGCUGACCCCUCUGCACUGCAGUGUGUGGCUAGGAGAGAGCAAAUGUGUGAAGGCAGUGUUAGCCAGUGUGGGUAGAGAUGGUGUGGAUGCUAGAGAUGUGUGUGGCCGGACUCCUCUUCAUAUUGCAGCACUCAAGGGUCAUGUUGGUACUAUCCAGCUCCUGCUAAAGAAAGGUUCUUCACUGAGUGCAGUUGACAAUGAGGGGAGGACCACACUGCACUGGGCACUCCUCUCACAGCAGAUCUCGUGUGUGGAGUGUGUGCUUGGUCUGGACAGUGGUCUAGUGAACCGACCUGAUGGUCUGGGUGCCACUCCACUCCACUAUGCUGCCACUGGAGCCUCCAACCACCUCACACAGUUACUCAUCACCAAGGGAGGUGACGCCACCCUCACUGAUGUGUCUGGUCAUGGUCCUCUGCUCUGGGCCUCUGUGUGUGCAUGUGAUAACAAUAUCCGCUGUCUACUAUCCAAUCAGAAUGAAGCAUCGUCAUCGUCAUCGACCAAUCAGAAUGUAUCGGCACUUGUAGCUGCUGCCAGUGUGGGGGCAGAGGGGGCGUGUCAGAUUAUAAUCAAGCAUGACAAAAGUUGUGCUGAUGCUGUGAGCUGUGAUGGCUACACUGCUCUCCACUUGGCUAGCAGGUUUGGACACACUAACUGUGUACAGUGUCUACUCAAGGCUGGUGUCACUGUGGACACUCUCAGCCCAACAAGGGAGACCAGUCUUCACUUGGCCUGCUCUGGUGGUCAUGUUGAGAGCACUGCAGUCCUCCUAAGCCGUGGGGCAGACCAGACACUGCCUCUCCAGGGUCAGUGGCCAAUUCAUAUUGUCUCCGGUAAAGGGUAUUCAAAAGUAUUGGAAGUGCUGAUAAAGCAUAAUGCAACAGUAUUGGACACUCUAACUGGUGAUGGACUCACUCCACUCCACCUAGCUGCCGCUGGUGGCCACUUGGACUGCUGUAACCUACUGGUGACCAAUGGCUGUGACAAGGACGCCACUCUGAACAACGUGGAGAAACACACUGCCCUAGAUCUGGCCAUGCUGGCGGGCCACAGUGGAUGUGCUGACUACCUACAGAGUGUGGGGACACCCUCCAGUGGAGGCCGCUAUCACAGAGCAGCUAUAACCAUCCAACAUGUGUGGAGAUUCCACAGACACAAGCGUCGGCUGAGAGUACGUCGUGAGUGGUGUGCUAUUGUGAUCCAACGCUCAGUGCGUGAGUGGUUUUGUUGGAGAGCAGCUGUGAGGGUGCGUGCUGCCAGGAGGCGUCAUCAGCACAGGGCAGCCACUAUCAUACAGAGAAGGUGGAGAGUGUUUAUAAGACACAAGAGGAGAUACGAGGCAUCCUGUGCUCAGCUCAGGGCCAGACUGCAUCAAGAAACGCUGGCUACCACUCUGAUACUGUCCCAGCUCCACCUGAAUGCACAGAGCAUCAGUCUACCAACUCCAGUGUCCUCCAGGACAACACAGCAUCAUGGUCCAAGUGCCCGCUACCUACUACAGGCCUCCUCCAACCCGGCCCCCAUCUUCCCCUCUGGUUCCCUGUUAUUCCCAGCCAAACCACGCACUCCUCUAGCCAGCCGGGGACUACCACGAGGGACACAUACUAGUCGACCAUCUCCACGCACCAAGCCAGCGAGGGAAAUGACAUCAUCUACAAGAAAUACUGCCUCAGGGGCCAACGUUCGAUUGCCUCCAGUCAAGUCCUUGCCACUCACACUAGCACCAGAUCAACAUGAAACGAACAGGGGCUCACCCGUAGCAAUGAGGAGAUCACUGAAACAAGUAGAUAUUAGCAGGAGCUCCCCCGUUGAGCACAACAUCGCUAGGGCUUCUUCGGAUAUCGUUAAUCAAGUGGAAGUGAUCAGGAGCUCCCCCAUUCUUGGAUCUCAAGUCUCCAGUGUUGAUAAACUACCUGCCAUCCCCUCACAGCCCAGUCUAGUGUCAACAGUGUGCUCUGACAACCAUAAAUUGCAACAAAGUUCACCCAAGAGGUCAUCCAUCCAGUUACCCUCACAAGCACAACUAAAGCUGACUAGGAGAUCGACCUUCAAAGAUACACCUCUUAAACUAUCACUAAUCUCAAAGCAGCAGACGAUACCUAAAGAAGAUUUGGAGCCUCCCAUUCUGCCAGACACAAGUCCAGAACCAGUGGUGGAACUAACAAAUGAGUGUGAGGAUGAAGAAAGCUUACCCCCAGUGAGUGAGGUUGGUGUGAGUAGCGUGCUGCUGAACAACAUACAACGCUACGACAAGCUUAACCAGAUCCUGUCUCUAUUGCAUGUUGCUAAGGAUGGAGGUUGCAAAGAACAAGAGGGUGAGCAACUGAGUCGGCUGAAGGAGCAGAUAAUGGGAGCUCUGGACGAAGCAGUGAGACUGAGGGCAGAGACCCAGGCUCUCACUGACAAGGUUAGCAAUCAACCCAUCUCAAGCUAAGAACUAAUUAGCUAAUCUAUUUUUAACACUUCAAAUUUUAUAUUUUCCCUCCCACCCACCUGUGUUCGUAUCAAUGUUGAAUGAUUGUAUCAUAAUUUGAUUUUAAUAUUGAAUUUA